UUGUCUGCGUGACCUACUUCUGCAACGAGGCUGAAACGUCUUCAUCUUGUGGAGUGCUUGUGGUUUGUGUGCUGUGAAACAGCUGUACGUUAUACUCUAUGGAUGUCUCAGUUGAUUCAGGAGUAGUAAAAGAGGUCUAUCCAGAGGUGUUUAACACAAUACCUCCACAAACCAAUGAGAAGAAACCUGGACAGUUAAACGAAGAACAGCUAAAACAGUUCUAUGAAGAGGGUUAUAUAUUAGUUGAGGAGUUCUUUACACCAGAGGAACUUGAACCAGUGAGACACGCUGUUGACAAUUUGGUGGAAGAACUUGCACAAAAAUUAUACAAGGCAGGAAAAGUAAAAAAACUUUACAGUGAUUAUGGUCUGUUUGAAAGACUCACAAUGUUGGAAAAAGAAUUUCCAGGGGCAAGCAUUCUUCUUCACAAAAAUGGGAAAAUGCCACAAGCUGUUCGAGACUUGUGGUCCAAUGAACGGCUAUUAAAUGUGGUAGAGCAGCUGAUUGGUCCAGACAUUGUGGGCCAUCCUGUGUGGAAUUUAAGGACCAAAACUCCAAAGAAUGAUGCCACAGUUGUUCCUUGGCACCAAGACUCUGCAUAUUUUGACAAUGAGUCCUACAGAAUGAUGAUUCCAACAGCCUGGAUUCCUUUACUGGAUGCCAAUGAAAAUAAUGGAUGUAUGCAGGUUGUGAAAAAUGGCCAUAAGAAAGGGAAGGUGGCCACCCACACCUGCUGUGCUGGACCCACCUGGUAUGUGAUGCUGGAUGAAGAGGUGAUGGAAAAAUCUCUGGAUGUUGAUCUGAAUGAAGAUCUGGUCACAGUGCCUGUGCCUUAUGGAGGGUUUCUUUUAUUCAACAAUUUAACCCCUCACAGAAGUCUGAACAACUACUCCAGUGUCAUUAGAUGGAGCUUUGAUCUUCGAUGGUCUAGCCUUCAUGACCCCAUUGCAUUCUGGGGUUUGAAAGAUGGAGUUCUUUUAAGAUCAUCCAAAGAUCCAAAUUUAAAGGUGGACUGGGAGCCUUUCUUGGCAGUGGAUAGAACUACAGUGCAGAGCAAAGCGCUGAAUAAGGAAGAGGAUGAGUUUAACACAACUAUAUCUGGUCCAUGGAUGAAGAAAUGGGACAUAGUUAAUCACAACAGGCACACAAAAGGUUUUGCAGCAACAGGACAGGCAGGAAACCCGUAGACAAUGACGAACAUCUUAUGGCUUACAGUGUUUGUUAUGGUAGUUAACCCACUUGAUGGAAUGUGAUAAGCAGGGUCCAAAUUGAUAUUAAGAAAUUUUUGAGGAAUGACUGAAUGACACUUGUAAAGUUUUAUUUCAACUUUGUUUCAAAAUGAUAUAUGAGUUUUUAUUGUUGCAGUUGCUUUUGAUUUUAAUAGGCUUAACUUUGAGAUGAACUUUCUUGAAAUGUUUAACUUUUAUAUACACAACAUUAAACAGAAGCAAGCCUAUGAAUGAUUGUACAAUUUAAUGAACACUGCAAAUGAUAUAAUUAAGGAAUUGAAUUUAAAUCAAACCAAUAGUGUCACCAAAUUGCUACAGUAUGAAUAGUGAACAUAUAUAUAUAUAUAUAUAUACAAGUUGGUAUUGGGUUGAUUGGUCUGUUAUAAUUAUAUAACUACAGAUACUGCAUUCCAGAAGAAGUUGAUUCAUAAAAUGUGUUCUAAAUAUGUAUGUUUUAAGAUUUAAUUUUACAUUUUUCUUAAAGCAAGAACUUUAGAUUUUUAAACUUACGUGCUGCCCUUUUUUUACAAUUAUAUUUUCUAUCAUACUCAAGGAAGUACUCAUAUGAUAUGCACAAACAUGAAAAGUUUUUAAAACAUUAAUUUCUUAUGCCUGAUUUCUCACUUGUUUGAAGGCACAACUAAAAAAUUCAAUAUCUCUAUCUUACAAAGUUACAUUUGAGUCUUUUCUGUGUCAUGCAUCAGGGUAAAUUCAACAUUUUUAUGAUAUAUUCAUGAUUACUUUUAUAAAACUUUUAUAAUGUACUCUGAUAUGCAAGUCUUUAUUUUGUCAUAAUUAUGAUAUGUAUCUUUUAACCAUUUUCUUUGUGAUCAUAUCAAAUUCUAAAAUUCUGUAAUUUAAUUGAACAAAGAAGAAUGCUGCAAUAAAUGAAUGGAACAUUUUAUUAAACAAUCUGUUGAUAUUCAAACAGCUUUGCAUGGAAAGAUGAUCGCUUUAUAUCUCCUCAUACAUAGGAAACUCCUUUUUGUCACUUUCUUAUAAUGAAUGAAGCAAAUGGACUAUAGAAAAAGCAAGGUUACUAGAUUGAUGAUGUAUUUGCAUGUUUUUAUUUGCCCAUUUAUAUAUUGGCAAAGUAUGGACUCCUAUGAUUUUUCAAAUUUUGUUUGAAUGUUCUGCAGGCUAAUAUCACUGGGCCCUUUUUUAUGGUUUAAUAUUUUGUCUAUUAUUGUGCAAAAAAAUUCCAUUUUUUAGUUAAAAA